AUGAUUGAAUCAGCUUCAAUCAAGUUGAAGCUGAACCUUAUCGACAAGGCUCGAACUCGUGGAGCUGGAAACCAUAUCUCUCUUCCACAACUAGUUGUUCGCGGCGACCAGUCCGCGGGGAAGGGUUCAGUCCUCGAAGGAAUUACAGAGAUUCCUUCCCCCGAAAGGAUGACCUGUGUACCAGAUUUGCUACUGAGAUAG